AUGAUGCAGCAAAAUGGAAGUUCAUUUAAUAUAUACUUAAAACGUAUUUUACCUGAUUUAUUACCAUGGAUUGUUGAAGAACGUUCAUUAAAUGCUAGUCGAGUUGUUCAACAUAUUCGAACAGCUAUUAAAAUGUCGAAAAAGAAAAAAGCUGGAGCUGAUUUAGCUGCUGUAUUCCGUUUUGGUAGUUCACCUAUAUUUAGUAAAUUAUUACUUUCUAUUAGUACACAUCCUGAACAUGUUAUGAAAAGUUUACAAAUGGCUGUUGAAUGUGUUUAUAAAGCAUUACAAUCGAAAUUACUUGGAAUUUUAUGUGAUUUUGAAACAGAAUUAUUAUCAAAUAGUACACUACUACAUUCAAAAAAAAAAGUUUUACUUAGUUUAACUGAAAUUUUUACAUUUGAAGAACUUGAAGAUAUUGCAAGUUUAUGUCAAAAAUAUAAUGUUAUUUGUAUUUCCGAUGAAGUUUACGAAUGGAUAACAUCUGAUAAAAAUAAAAAACAUAUUCGUAUAGCAACAUUACCGAAUAUAUGGCAGAAAACAUUAACAAAUGGAAGUUGGACAAUUGGAUCAGAACAUCUUAUUCGUUCAUGUUAA